AUGGAAAAAUUAAUUGAAUUAGUUAUGGAUUAUAAUAGAAUUUAUACACUUUGUGGUGCUGAUGAUCAAUGUGCUGGUGGAAUUUUAAAAGAUGCAAAUAACCUUGAAAAGCUUUCGCUAUCAAAUGUACAAUUAACAUUUGUUAGUAUGACGAAAUUGGAAAUACUUGAUUUAUCUGGUAAUCAACUUCAAUCAUUGUCGACAAAUUGGAUAAGCCAAGAAAAUAAUUUACAACGUUUAAAUUUGAAUAAUAAUUUGUUUACUAAUACAAGUAGUAUGCGAUUGGAUAAUGUUGCUAAAUUGCAAGUCUUGGAUAUUUCUGGAAAUCCUUUGGAAAAAAUAACUGUCAAGUCCUUUAAAUAUUUACCGGAAAAUACAACUGUUGAUGUCAUACAAGGUUAUAAGUGCUACUAA